AUGUGCAGAUGUAGGAACGUCACUGUAAACAAAACCAGCCCCAAAAUGAAACGCCGCUUACCGCCAGUGAGGGAAGAUAUUCCCCAACAUAGUAUGUGCAACAGUGACUUGGUUGUGUAUACCAUGGUGACUACUACAGCGGUUCUCAGUUAUAUCAACAGUCUCAAUGGUGAUUUUGUUCAUGACGAUAUACCUGCUAUAGUGACGAAUAGUGAUGUGACGGGGAGUAGCCUGAAACAGCUGUUUUUGGAUGACUUUUGGGGUACACCGAUGGUUGAUCCACACAGCCAUAAAUCUUAUAGGCCGCUGACAACACUGUCUUUUAGGUGA